AUGCCAACGCCCGAUGAUGCGGCGCCUCCUGAUCCUGCUAGCGCGAUGGCAUCUUCGCAGGUGCAAGUGGCUGCAGGAGGACAGGCUGAGGGGGCUGGGUUUGGGUUCCGUGAUAGGGAGCCACCACCCAGUUAUGACGGUGAAGAGCCAGAGACAUCAUUCGCUUUGUGGGAGAGGAAUGUGCGUCUUUGGGAAUAUGAAACUGACGUUCCUAGAGGCAAGAGAGGGGUCAAACUCCUUAGAGUGCUGAGUGGCACGGCCCGUAUGGCUGUGGAAGAAAUGCCUUUUGAAGAGAUAGCAUGUGAAGAUGGAAUGAGAAACAUCAUGUCCCGUCUUCGGGAGUUUUUCCAACCUCACUUGGAAGUCUCCUUGCCACGAGCCUUUGAACAAGCAGUAUAUGGGCAGCAGAGGCAGAAUAGAGAAGGUUUUGGAGAAUACAUAGCCAGAAUGGAUAGGGCAUUCAACCGGCUAAAGAAAGAGGGAGUUGACUUGCCUGAGUCUGCACAGGGGUACAUUUUGUACCGUCAGGCUGCUUUGAGCGAGGCACAGGAACAGAGGUUUUUGGUUUGGUCAGAUGGACGAUAUGAUCGUCUUUCAGCCGUCAAGGCGUUGCGAAAGUUGGACAAGGUUGUGAAGAAGAAGGGCAAGACGGCCUACCUUGUGGACGCUCCUGAGAAUGAACAGGUUGGCCUCUUUGACGAUGCCGAAGUGGACUGGUUCGAGGAUGACGGACCAGAUGCAGAAAACUACGUCUAUGUCCAAGAAGGAGAUCUCAGCGAGAUCAUGGAUGAAGAGGAUGAGAUCAGGCAGGCCAUCAAGGACCAGAAGAAGGGACGUGGCUUCUAUGGAAAGGGCGCAACGCCAAAGGGCAAGGGCAAGAGUGGUGGGCGCUGGCAGAAAGUCCACACCGAGCAGUUGAAAAUGCGCAGCCGCUGCUUCAAAUGCGGCCAAGUCGGCCAUUGGAGCAAGGAGUGCAAGAGUGACGUCAAAGGCCGAUCUUCUGCUCCGUCCAACCAAGGAGCCUCAGUGUCAUCGGUCUCAACGUCAAGGUCAGGGUUCUUUGUUGCAUCGGAGCCGCUCAACCGUCAAGAGGGCGGUUCGGCGUUUUGGCUUCGAGAGUUCAUAGCAAGCAAGGCAAAGACCCAAGAUGCGCGGUCCCGUGGAGAGUACAAGGGUGAGCAGAGUUUUUGCGGGAUUUCAACAUGUGCACAUCAUGCGGUGGUAGAUACAGCAGCAGAAGGUGGUUUGAUUGGAAAGCCGGCACUUGAAAGGCUUGAGGUGAAGUUGAAGGAGAGAGGUAUCAAGGUGAAAUGGAUUCCCAAAACUUCAGCGGCAAAAGGUGUUGGAGGUCAUGCUACAUGUUUAGGAGUUGCACUCAUCCCUGUCGGCAUUGCGGGUGUCAAUGGGCUUUUGGAAACAACAGUGGUAGAUGGCGAAGUUCCUUUCUUACUUCCAAUUCGAAUGCUCACUGGUCUCAAGGCAGUCAUCGAUCUUGAAACCAUGAAGAUGAAACUCAAAGAAUACCAAGUAGAGAUACCAAUGCAUGAGCUGGCAAGUGGACAUGUCACAAUUGAUGUCAUGGAAUUUGAGAAUGGCAAGUUUGUCAUGCCGAUGAAUAAGAUCGGGAACCUUGGCGCCUCCAUGGUGGAUCCGAUGGAAGUCCCAAUGGAUGUGGCACCGCCAACACAUCACUCAAAGAGAGCAAUUCGAGGGUGGCGCAUUCUCCUCGACAAGCUGGGCAUGUUGCUGGUCUUCGCAAGUCUCCAGCAAAUCGUGGACGAGUGGUUUCCACCGUCGCAGCACUCGCCUGGCUCACACUUGGAACACAAGGAGGAGACAUUGGAGGACGUGUAUGCGGCCAUCAUUGCGGGUGCGAAGAUGCUUCCGCCUCUCAAGUCAAAGGAGGUAGCCAAGACUCCAAUCAGCAAUUGCGUUCACCCAAAGGAAAGAUUGAAGGGUGGGGGCAACGCUUCCAGCUCCUACAUAGUGUGUCGGGAUUGCCUGGCACGAUGGCCGAAUCAUCUACCUGCAGCAGAGAUCAAGAAACAGCUCAAGGAGAACAAGGAGUUGGCAAAGAAAGGGGGCCUCUUGAGUCAACCGCCUCAAGAUGCGGAGAUGGAGUCCAUGGCCGGCUGGGAGACACAGUUCCAGGCGCUUCAUCCAGCUAUGCAGUCGAUGGGGCAACAGCAGGCACAGAUUCAGCAGCUUCAGAGGAUGCUGUUGGAAGAACAGAAGAGGAGCCACGAAAUGCACGAGUACAUCCUGCACAGCCAGAUGAUGAGACAAGGUGCAACAUCGGCAGCACCACCGGCAACACCAUCUUUGAGUGCGGUGGACCUGGUGGCAGAGGCAUUGAUCAACAAUCAGGACUACGACCCUGCCAUUCAUGGGGUGCCGGUGAUGAAGGCAUCAGCAAAGACGAGGAGCGCUCCACACAUGACGGAGGAUGUCAUCGAGGUGGAGAGCGAUGGCUAUCUGUGA